GUUGCAUGCACCACACCCUUCUAGCUAUAACAGCACACACAGCACGGCAGCAUCCACAGCAGCAGACAUGGACUGCAGUGUCCCCACCAGUGACAUUAUCCCGGCAGUGGCUGCCAGGCUAAAAUAUUAUCUUGACGUGGAGAGAAAAGAAGCUGGCUUUGAUCUCUCUGUGAAUCUGAAGGAUUCAAAUAAAAAGUAUCUGCUCUAUCUGACCCCCGCACUGCAUCAGACUCAGAGACCCAAGAAGACUUUUCUGGAGAAUAAAAUAAAAGCUUCCCUUCCGAGCUGCGGUGGGAAAUCUGGAGCGGAAUGGACCCAGAUAGUGCAAAUAAACCAGGAGCGGAAGCAUCAAGUGCAGAGGAAAAUCAGGAAGAAGAUGUCAUCAUUGUCCAUUUCUGACCGUUUUUCAAGUAAUUGUGUCCAUCUGCGAAGUAUGAACUGGAAAUGCAGUGAUUUGGGAAACUACUCUUCAGGCCUCAGUCACAGCUCCCUGCCACAUAUAUCACAUGGAGAACUCAGAAGGCUUGUUACAUCUGCGGCAGAUCUCAUUGUGGCCACUACUCCAAGUAGUCCUAUCCAACGCUGUCACCGAGGCAGAAUGGGGCAAUCGCAUUCUUCGUUAUGUGUGAAUAUUCCGACCUCCGGGCAAGAUCAUUCUUCCAAUACAGACGCAUCAUCUCUGGGGGACACAAGCAGUCACGCAGGCUGUGAUGGGAGCCUGGAUGCUGGCUUUGAGAAUAAUCAGACUGUGCUGGCGACAAGUGAGAAGAUAGGUUAUGACAUUGCUAUCAAUACAGGAGCCAGUUCUCCAAAAGCAGCUAAACCGUCCCUGUGUAUGAGGCUAGUUGGUGAGAGUGGGAGAUCUAAAACACUGCUUCUUCAAACCUCUUUGGUGAACACUACCAGAUCCUGUGCUGGGCAGGCUGCUACUUGUCAUGUGAAAACAAGGGAUGUUGGAGAACUGAAGCACGUAAUGAUAGGAGUUGACAGAAAACAGAAAGAUGAAGACGACGGUCAGACAAACAAGAAACAAAGCACACCAUCCAUUGCGGACGCUGAGCUACAUGGCUGCAGGAACACUUCUCCAAUCACAUCCAUGGGACUUCAGAUAUCCUCGUGCAAACCAGUGGAAACUGCUACAAAAGCUAAUCCUGAUAAGGUUUCUAAAACAAAUGUUAAUAAAUCAGUUGCAUCACAUAGAAGAGCUGAAAGUAAAGAAUCACAGAAGACAGUAAUAAGGAAACGUGCUUCAGCUGAGAGACAGCCUCAGAAGGUUUACAGGUGUGAAAUGGGAGCCCCGACUGUGUCUCCAGGGAAUACAGAUGGGACAAGUAAAAAUGUGUCUGAUCAGGUCAUUAUGGUGGUGGAGCCACCAUCUAAGACCAUAGCAGCAGACGGUAGCAUCCAGCAAUCUCCAAUUGGUGAGAAAGAUUUAGAUAAUGGUGUAACCGCUACAGCCAUAAGUACAGUUGGAAAUCUUCUAGUACAGAAUAACCUACAGGCAGAAGCACUUACUGCUCCAAAUUAUGGGAACGCUGGCAGCCCAGCAAGCUAUGCAGUGGUAUCUCAUGAAAGCAAAGAGUCACCUGUCAUUGAUGAAGUAAAUGGCCAUGCCUGGAAAAAUACAAGCUUUGCUUUGAUUAAUGGAGACACAAAAGAAACCAUUAGAGCAUCAUCUGAUGGCAUGAAUCAGGAUUCACAGUAUUUACCCAGUGAUGGCACAAAGGAUGGGAUUGAUGAUAGAGCCUCACAGCUUCUCUUAUUACAAGUGCUCUCACAAUCUGUGGACAACGUGCCUGCCAGCUCCCCCCGAGCAGAUUCUCAGCCCUGUUCUAACUGCUGGAACAAUGCUGAAGCAACUGAUUUUCACAGAGCUAAAGCAGAUGAAGACAUUGAGGUCCAUACACAGAGCCAUGGAUAUACUGGGUCAUGUUUCCAGCUAGACAGUGAUGCCGCACAAACAUCCGGUUACUGCUGCUCCUGUGGAGAUGGCUGUAGCUAUGUGUCUGAUUCCACGCUGGAUGAGGACUACCUGUUUUAUGAUACCUCACUCAGCCUGUCGGAAGACGAGGACUCUGAAACUCCUUUAAAAUCCGGCCGUUUGGUUACAGGGACAGAAGAUAAUAAUGAAGAAUACAACAUGAGGGUAUGCCAUGUGACAUUCAUGAACAGGUCUUUUAGACGCUACACGAAAGGAGCGAAGAAAGAUAUUUACAGAGAAGGGAGAGUGGAUUCCUACAGUGAAAUUGUGAAUAUGUUUAAAAGCUCAUUAGCUGCAAUUCGCAGUAACGACAGGAUUAAACUUAGAAACUUAUGUCAGUCGCAUGUCUUUAUACCCAGUUUCAGGGAUGAAGAAGGUAAAACAUUAUUACAUCAUGCAGCAACUCAAGAGGAUCCAGUCAUUUGUCAGGUGAUUUUAGACACUAAUGUGGGAAAAGUGAACAUAGACCAUGAGGACAUGUUUGGGAAGACUGCUUUACAUUAUGCCAUACAAAAUGGAAAUACCAAGACUAUGAAACUACUUCUGGACAAUGGCGCAAAACAGGAAAUUCCCGAUGAAGAUUCUAAGACUGUUUCGGACAUUGCUCUUCCGAAGAUGCAGUCCGAGUAAACAUUAAUUGCAAUACUGCAAGCAGGAAAAAAAAAUGGGGAAACAGUCUGUAAUACUGUGAAAGCUCAGAUAGAUGGAACUGGAUCUGUUGGGUAAUUGAACACAGAAUUUGAAGGCAGAAAAGAACCCACAGGCCAUCUCACCUGCCAUGUGUCGUCUCUUAUUUGGUUUUGGUUCCUGAUCCCCACAUUUUCUUUUCUCUCUCUUUUUCUCGGCCAUGUAACAGUGUGUACAAUAAGGGAAAAGAUGCUCCAAAAAUCCAGCCCUGCAACAAUAGCUGCUUUGUGACAUCAUGCGCCAAUCGGUAGAUCACUGCGCCCCUGGUGGUGGUAUGGAAGGUAGAUAGUAACUAGGUCAACAGUAACUAGGUCAACAGGGUCUUUAGGUCAACAGGUCGACAUGAGUUUUUUUGGUGUAGUUUUCUUCGUAAAGUGACUGGGAACCCCAAUUAGUGAACCGUGUCCCCUCACAUGGCUCGCUAUGCUUCGGGCAAGGUGCCUCGCUCCGCUACCGCUUUGCUCGGCACAGAUUACCGUUCCAUUCAUAGUCCACGUGGAUUGUUAAGUAUGAAACGAUUCAAAAAAAGAAGAAGAAAAAAUGUGAAAAACUCAUGUUGACCUUUUGACCUGUCGACCUAGAACAUGUCAACCUAGAGACCCCACUUGUGCAGCUUUAAAUACAAAUCAAAUGUCCAUUUGAGAUAGAAUAAAACUUAUAUAAAUGUAACUUUACGAAUGAAAGUGUUUUUUCACCAAAUUAGAUUUUGAUUUGGCGCUACUACUGUAUAUGUACAACACAACCACAGAAACAUUAAAAUACAGAUUUUAUUUUUAUCCAC